AUGCCUAUGUAUCAGCCUGGUGGGAAUCUAGGUUCGUGGGGAGCAUCGCCACAACCGCCAAUGUAUUGGCAAGGAUUCUACCCACCACCUCCCAAUGGUCUUCCCCAGAUGCAUCAACAGUCUCUGAUUCCGCCCCCUCAUGGGCUGACAAUGCCCAGUUCUCUGCAGCAACCUCUGCAGUAUCCUAACUUUAAUGCCCCUACACCUACUGGUUCAUCAAAUUUGCCAGAACCACAUUCUUUGCUGUUUCCUUUUAGCAGCAGUUCUCAAAAUCUAGUACCCAGUUCUCUGCCCUUUACUGGUCUACCUAUGACGCUGUCUUCAGGCCUGCAAUCAACAAUGCAAUCAGCACCAUCUCCUUCCCUAGCUUCAGAGAUGGCACCUCCUUUGUUUUCGAACAAUGCUCAUAUUUCUGUGCCUCCUACCCUUCCUCAGGAUACUAACCUGCUUUCCUUUUCUGUACCGUUUACUAGAGCCACCGAUACAAGUGCUGGACUUCCACUGUCUAACAAGCCUAGUGUAGUUACUGGUCCUAUUUCUGUACCGCAGUCAACCUCUUUAACAUCUGCUCCUGUUACUGGAGCUUCUAGUUCCGUUAGCCAAGAUCAGCCAAAACCUUUGCUGAUUACUCCUGGCCAACUGCAACAGUCUGGAUCUGCUGUAGUCUCUUUGUCACCACCCUCUAACAACGCGGAUAAAGAUGUUGAGGUGGUUCAGGUAUCAUCAUCAGCUGGGUUGGAACAAUCUUCUCCAGUUACAUCAGAAGCCCAACCUCCAAUACUGCCAUUGCCUUCCUCUGCAAGGCCAACUCAGAAGGUUUUUGAUAAAUUUCCAAAAUUUAUUUAUCUACUCGUCAGUCCUUUAAAUUAUAUCGCGGCUUCAGUUGUUGAUAUGGGAAAGAGCCUUGAAUUAUCGAGAAGCGUAAUGAACACUUCACAUAAUAUGAAAUUGCAUUUGUUGAUGUCUGAAUAA